UCCUGCUCGAGAGUACACAUUCUGUGUGAUGCAAAACGUCAUCUCACUGGCUUCUCUAGUGAGRUCUCAUUUGCUAUUGCUGAUCACCGUUCUCAAAACGUGUUGUUGUACAUCUCACACUACAAGAGCAUUGCAGAUUUUGUGCCGAUAAAAUCAAAUAUGUUUGAAAAUAUUGGGACGUCUGUGACUACUUAACGACGAGAUCGGUAGCCCUCAGAUUGCGUCUUUGACCUGCAAACAUUAAACGCGUGUAGGUGACGGCCGCGUGCCUACUCAACGACAUGGGGAUUUUGUCUUCGAUCUCAAAAACUUGUCUGGGACAGCUAAAUUAUGGCCAAAAUCGUGUGAUGUACACCCGACUUAAACUGCUCCAUUGUUCUGGUUACUCUACGUAGAUUGUUGACUGUCUGUUUUGAUCAAAGUAAUUUCUGUCACAACAAGGAAAUUAGAAUUUAGCAAGUUACUUGAGUUUCUUCCUUGUUUACUGUAUUCCUAGGACCUUGUUUCAGAAACAAAUGACGUAAAGCAAAAUAUCCAUUACACAUUAUUAUACUAAAUAUAGUCAAGUUGAAUACCUUGAUAAAUAUGUUCACACAUCCUCUUUAUUCAUUAGUGGCUUUACUGGUUCAAAAGGUAAAGGGCAAGCUUAAAAGACUUGAGCUGAAUUGCCUCACGUUUCCUGGCCUCUCCUUCCCUCUCUGCCAACAGUUUUACGUGUCACCCAGUUUAGCAGCUUUUGUGCUGCUGAUCGUGCCUCCUAUGGCUGGCCUGGCUGUCAUAUACGGGAGAUACCUGCACUCCAUAUCCAAACGCACACAGGACUCUCUGGCCGAGGCCACACAGUUGGCAGAAGAGCGUAUCAGCAACAUGAGGACAGUUUGUGCGUUUGGUAAGGAGCUGACAGAAGUGGCUAGGUAUACAGAGAAGGCCAACUACAUUCUCCACCUGGCCAAACAGGAGGCUGUUUUGCUGGCCGGGUUUUUUGGAGUGUGCCAUGGAUGCAGAGAAUGAGUUCCUGGUCCAGGAGGCUCUGGAGCGGCUCAUGGAUGGGCGCACGGUGCUGAUUAUCGCCCACCGCCUCACCACCAUCCAGAACGCUGACGCCGUGGCGGUGCUGGGCCAGCGGUGUGUGGUGGAGUGUGGUCAGCACGCACAGCUCCUGGGCAACCGCCAAGGCCUCUUCAGGAAGCUGAUGGAGAAACAAGCCUUCUUCCAAGAGGGGCAAAAGCAAGCGUUGAAAAGAGGACAGGGGAGCUCUUUAAAUGUAGAGAAAGUGCCUUUACAGUAGCUGUGUGGUGAUGUGCUCUGCCACACUCCUCAGUACGUCAGUGUGUGAAUCAGAUGAAGCUGCACGUGCAUAUCAAAUGGAACAUGGAUGAUUUUGGACAUGUUAAAAUUGAGUACUGCAGAUAUCUCAUAUAACUGCUGGGAUUCAUUUUGAGAUGGUCAAUGGGGUUGGCUUCUCUUCUUGAGGACACCCAACUCAUUGAGCAUCCUCAAGAGGUUAGUGUUUCCUGAAAAUAAGAAGGACAUUAAAACUCUGAAGUAUGUCACGUAAAUAUUGUCAAUUAGGCGGGCCUAUUUCCAAGACACGGCAAACAUACAGAGAACUGAAAUACAAGCUACAUUGUCAUAAAUGUAGAUGAUAAUCAAAUAACAUAUUAUAUUCCAGGUGAUAAAGCAAUGAAUGAACCGCCACUGAUCAGUUAUGAAAAUGAUGUGCAUAUCCAUGAAAAUAUUCUGCUAUUCAAAGGUGCUUUUGUGUCUUUGCUACCAGUUUGGUGAACAUGUCUGAACAAUCUAACAUUCAGUAGGUAAAAUUGAAUUCAAAUCUAUGUAUUGCCCUAGCUAACACACCUGACUCCAAAAUCAACUAAUCAUGAUAUUCAGUUUAGAAUGUAAUUAAUUUAAUCAGCUGUGUUUUGCUACGGGUGGGGGAAAAGUGUGACACCACUCCGGCCCCCUGAGGACUGGAGUUGCCUGUCCCUACAUCACUUUUACUCAUAUCUACAGAUGACCCUAUCCCUAUAUCACUAUUGUAUUCAGAUGUUUUGGGGCAUAAGUCCUAUAUAAAUGUUCUCUACAGAAGGCUGUUGGGUAAAAUCAGUAUGUUGUAAUAAUGUUAUCAAAUAUGAUAUUUUAAAGAUUUUGUGUUCUAAAUUAUUAGGCAUCUGUGAAAAAUAAAAUCUAAUUGAUA